AUGUUACCCUUCGUGCUCACUGCACUUUGUGCCCACCUGGCGACAGCCCAGACCGACCCGUACGCCAAUUGGCCUUCAUAUGCCGAUCUUCCUCUGAAUGCUUCCUUUCCACCCAAGGCCGCAUGGGGUGUUUGGGGCAAUGACGAUGUACACGGGGCUCUGAACCACAUCACAAAUGACACGCGCAAGAAGAGCGCAGAAGAGAUCCAAACCGGCCAAGCCUUCAAUCUCAACCUCGAGCUAUCUUUCUUCCCACAGCCCGCAAAUAUCGAGCGCAAGCCGCUCGUGCAUCUCUUUCAGCCAGGCGAUGGCUACACGGACGACGUGAUUACCUUUAACACGCAGAUGAGCACCCAGAUCGAUGGGUUGCGGCACUUUGCUUACUCAAUCGACGGGAAUACAAGCACUUACCGAUACUACAACGAUCUUAUCCCAGAUUAUGAGCAUGUCAUUGGACAUGAUUACACAAGCGUAUUGGGCAUUCAACAAGCUGCCGAUAAAGGUAUUGUGGCAAGGGGCAUAUUGCUGGAUUAUAAGGCGUGGAUGGAUAGUCAGAACAAGACCUAUGAUGCUCUCUCCGGAUGGUCUGUCCCGGCAUCGGAUCUUGAAAAGGUUGCAGAGUGGCAGGGUCUGCCCAGCAACUGGUCUCGCCCUGGCGAUAUCCUCGUUGUGCGCUUUGGCUGGAUCGAGGCCUUCGGUAAGCUCAACGAGACCGAAAGGGCAAUUAUCGUCCGUGGACCUGGCGAGUGGGUUGGUAUGAAAGCCGACGACGAAUCCGCCGAGUGGCUCUGGAACAAGAAGUUGGCCAUGGUAGGAGCCGAUAACCCUGCAUUUGAAUCAACACCAUUUGGACACGUCAUUGGAGGUCACGACGGCAUGAGCCUCCACCAGCUUCUAAUCUCUGGUUGGGGUCAAAGCAUUGUGGAGUUUCUUGAUCUUGAGAAACUUGCACCUGCUUUGCAUGCAUUGAACCGAUCUUCGUUCUUCAUGACGAUUCAGCCUGUGAACAAGAUUGGGGGUAUAGCAUCCCCGCCCAAUGCUAUGGCUGUUAUAUAGUGAACUAGCAAGUCUACUCAGUCUCAUCCCGAGGAUCGCUAUGUACAUC